AUGGAGUUGCAACUCAUGAAAAUAAUUAUGAAUAUUAAAUUGACUUUUACAAUUAGUGAUGCAUUUUGUAAGUUGGAAAUCAGACCUUUAGAUUGCACAUUAUCUAUUAAACACAUGAUACUUAGAAAUGGAACUUAUGCUAAUCAAGUUUUACAGGCUUUUUUAUGCAACGCACGUUCUCUGAGCUCUACACCCUCGAAUAGAACACAAGUGCAGACUGUCGCGCCUUCCUUAACUGGUAAACCGAUAUCAAAAAAUGAACCUCUACUAAAUAGCUUUUCAAUUUAUCGUUGGAAUCCUGAUAAUCCUGCAGAAAAACCACGUUUACAACAGUAUCAAGUGGAUGUUAAUUCAUGUGGUCCCAUGAUUCUUGAUGCGUUAAUAAAAAUCAAAAACGAGCAAGAUGCUACAUUGACAUUUCGUCGUUCAUGCCGUGAGGGUAUCUGUGGUUCAUGUGCAAUGAAUAUUAAUGGAAUAAAUACUUUAGCUUGUUUGUCCAAGAUUGAUCGUAAUGCAAAAUCCACGAAGGUUUAUCCAUUGCCACACAAUCUUGUUCCAGACCUUACGCAUUUUUACAAACAAUAUAAAUCCAUUGAACCAUAUCUUAAAAAAAAGGUACAGCCAGAAAAAGGAAAAGAAAAUUAUCAAUCGAUAGCCGAUCGCAAGAAACUUGAUGGUCUUUAUGAAUGCAUUUUGUGCGCGUGCUGUUCCACUGCUUGCCCAAGUUACUGGUGGAAUGCAGAUGAAUAUUUAGGGCCAGCAGUCUUAAUGGCAGCUUAUAGAUGGAUGAUCGAUUCUAGGGAUGACUAUGGACAUGAGAGACGAGAAGCACUUCAGAAUCCAUUUUCUGUUUACCGUUGUCACACUAUUAUGAAUUGUGCUAAGACAUGCCCCAAAGGCUUGAACCCAGGUCGUGCUAUUGCCAUGAUCAAGAAAGAAAUGGCAUUAGAGUAA